AUGCAUGACUAUGGAAAACUGCCAGAAUACCCCGCCAUACUUUGCUUGGAUGAGCGCACCUUCCAGAAGAUCUACCAACACCUCUCACUAGUUGAUCAAGUGUGUCUAUCCCUCAGCUGCAAAGAGCUCUUUUACCUAUUCGGGAGCACGAUCGUACAGCAUAAAGAUCUCAAAUUUCCACGGCUCUUGCGUAUCAGGAAUCCAAUCCUGUGCGUGAACAGUCGGGAUGUGCCACGAAACCAACUUCUUCUUCGACUUGAAAACCGCCACUGGGCCUACUGUGCACGGUGUCUAAAACUCCAUCCCCGGAAAGAAUUUCCAAGACAUUUACUAAGACGAUCUGCGCUGGAGAGAUCCUGCACUUACUACGCUGGUAUAGCUGACCUAUGUCCCUGUAUCUCUCUGACGGUUCGAGGUCGAGACCAGCUUAUCAAGAUCCUCAAAUCACCCGCGAAACCAAAAACCCAAUAUGGCCUAUUCAGGUAUGAUGUUAGCGAUGGAAGAGAUCCCUCGCUUAGCCACUGCUGUUCAUUUAGCACUAGGACUGGCUACGUUGUGCGAGUUGUUCUGGUUUUAGAUAUUAAGGCUGGCCAGUUGUGUCUAACAGGUCGGCAUACUAUAAGCUUCUAUUCCUCUAAUGCUCAUCUGACAGCUGAGCCCACCUUUGCUUGUCCUCAUCGAGAUCUCCUCUCUCUUGUCCCUGAGAAUCUAGCCGCAAAUGAUCUUCAGAUGUACCAGACUUUGAUUUCUUCAAAACCCCAUCAGGAUCUCCUGUCUCUUAUCCCUGGAAAGCUGAUGAACCAGUCUGUUUUCUGGGUGUUGCGAAAUCUAGGAAGCUGUGAAUGGCCUGCAGACUAUCCUUGGCUUAACCAGUGUCGUCUCACUGGAGCAUGGUUUUUGCUUAAUGAAAGUUACUGGUGA